UAUAUUUAUCUAACAAACUGUGCAGUUGUCAUUUAUCAUUUUAUUUGAUUCCUAAUUGCAUGAGAGGUAUCAAUCAAUUUGGAAACAUAAGAACAAUUUCUUUCAAUUUGAUAUAUUUUAAGCAGACUCUGUAAGAACUGACUAAUAUGUGAUUUAUGCAGCUAAAAUCUUCUGUUCAACUUCAUAUGGAUGGUACAAGCCCUGUUGCCGAGGAUAUCGGCCGACAGUUGCUUACUUAUGGUCGAAGAAUCCCAGUAACUGAGCUUUUUGCAAGGAUAGAUGCUGUUGAUGCAAACACUGUUAAACGUGUUGCAAACCGCUUUAUUUUUGAUCAGGACGUUGCACUUGCAGCCAUGGGACCAAUCCAAGGGCUCCCAGAUUACAACUGGUUCAGGCGCCACACCUACUUGCUUCGAUAUUGAUUCUUCUCUCAUUUUUUUUUAUUAAUGUUUACAUUCUCGGUUUGUGAUUUUUCCCGGCCGUUUCCAUUCUUGUUAGUGAUCAUGAAUCACUAUGAAACUUUGGAUAUCUGAAAAAGAUUUUGCUGUUUUACAUGUACACACAUUUUCUGUUACAUUCCCAAAUUAAAUAAUGAAUGCCAGAUUUAAUCUAAA